AUGGAUCAAAAAUCUAAUUAUCUUAAAAUUUGGGGUUUACUAGAGGAAACUAAGUAGCAGGAAGUAUUAUAGAAGAUUAGAGCGAUUGGAAAAGUGACUAAAAGUAAGCAAAUAAAUAAUGUUUGGUACCUGGUGUUUGAGGAUGAAGUGGAGAAUGAUAGUGUAUAAAAACAUAUCGAUUUGAUAGGUUGAAUUAAUAUCAUGCAGCUACCCCUAAUUAUAAUAUUUAAUUGGUACAGAUUUACCGCCUUAAGAUGUCUAGAAAUUUGCAAAUAUAUUUUCCUAAAAUGAUGAUGAUGAAAUUUAGAGAAAGAGACUUGAAUAAGAAAAACUUUAGGAAAUAGCUAAAAGGUAAUAAGAAGAUUAAAGAUAAAAAUAACUACAAUAGCAAUAAGAAUUUUUAAGAUAAUAAGAAGAAUAAAGAAAAAAAUAAUUAAAGGAGAGAGAAGAAGCUUAGCAAAGAGACGAGGAGUUGAAGUAGAAAUUAUUAGCUGAAGCUAAACAAUAAUUGGAGUAUUAGUAAAGAUUAGUAAAUAAUAUAUAUAUAUUUUUUAGUAAUAUUAAAAAGAAUAAGAAGAAAAACAAUAAAAAUAAUAACAGGAAUUACUUUAAUAGUAAAGAAAAGAAUAAUAAAUAGUAUAAGAAGAAUAGCUUAGAUAAGAAUAAUUGAAAUAAAAUUUAAUGAAAUAAGAAUAAUAGAGAUAAGAACAAUUGAAAUAAGAUUAAAUAAGAUAAGAAUAAUUGAUAUAAGAUUAAUUAAAAUCAGAAUAACAGAGAUAAGAAUAACUAAGAUAAGAAUAACUAAGAUAAGAAUAAUUAAAAUAAGAGUAACUCAGAUAGGAGUAAUUAAGAUAAGAAUAACUCAAACAAGAAUAAAUAAGAUUAGAAUAACUUCGUUAAGAAUAAUCAAAAUAAGAAUAACCCUAAUAAAAUCAAUAGUUCAAUUAAUAAGCUUUGGACUUGCAAAAAGAAAAAAUUAAGGAAGAAUUAGCACUUGAGUUUGCGAAAUCUUAAUUCUAACAAAAAUAAUAAGCUGAAUAAAGAGAGUUGGAAUAAAAUAAGGCAAUCUAAAAUUUGAUGAAUAAAAUUACAGAAACAGAAAGUCAAUUGAAAAAUUUAAAGGAUUAAUGCAUUUUCUAAUAAGACACUUCAAAUAAAUAUCAAAAAGAAAUAUAGGAUCUACAAACCUCGUUAAACCAUGUCACACAAUCAAGAGACAAUGUUAUAGCUAAGUUUAAAGAAUUAUAAUCAAACGAAGGAAGCACAGUCACUCAAGAAGAUAUGGUCUUUUUGGAAUAGUAAUAGUAAUAAUAGUAGCCCUAAACAGCCUAGAAUGUGUUGUUUAAGUUUGAAUUUUGGGUUGUCUUAGUGGGUGCUUGGGUCUUAAGUUAAGUAAUAAAUUUCUUCACCUGAUCCUGAAAUGAAAUAUGAAUUAUCAAAUAUUAAGUAUUAAUUAAUUAUGAAACAG